AUCUACCGUAAUACUGCUAAACGCUCAUUUGCGACAACAUUCGCAGAAGAAUUAUUCCAAUCCGGCAUUAUACCUUCGGAUUCAGACUUUAGAAUUUUCAAAAAUUUCGGACAUAUACCGGGCUUGGAUAUUGCACAUUUUAAAAAUGGCUAUGUAUACCACACGAAAUUCGAUAGUAUUGAUGUUAUACCACGUGGAACGCUACAAUCUACAGGUGAUAAUAUAUUGGCUCUGGCGCGUGCUUUCAGCAAUUCUACAGAAUUAAAAGAUCCAGAGAAUCAUGCCAGUGGCCAUGCAAUCUUCUAUGAUUUCCUCGGGCUUUUCAUCAUUGACUACACCGAAGAUACAGGCAAAAUUAUUAACACAGCGGUUGUUGUUGUUGCUCUAGUACUAGUAGCCAUAUCCCUAUGGUGUAUUGCUGCAGAUUCUUUCAUUUCCAUCUGCAGUGUGUUCAAACUCUUCUCGCUGAUAUUCAUUGUACAUUUGGUGGGCUGGAUAUUGGCUCUCGCUUUGCCUUUACUUGUGGCAGUUGCACUCGAUAGUGCUGCGAGUCCCAUGACUUGGUUUACAAACAAAUGGCUAGUUUUGGGCUUAUAUGCUUGCCCGGCACUCUUCGGAUUGAGUGUNCUUAAAUUAAUUUCGUUCUCUCAAAAGGAUAAAGUAUCACACCCAUAUCGCCUUCAACUGGUCUAUCACGCGCACACACUAAUCCUCUCGGUGGCUUGUAUUGCUCUCACAUAUGUUGGCAUACGCAGCUCGUACUUUCUAAUGAUUUCACUAAUCUUCCAAGACAUCGCUUUGAUAAUAAAUUUUGUGACCACGCUCUAUCGAAGAGCCUAUUACUGGUCCAUUUUCGUCACACUAAGCCAAAUUAUUCCCUUCCUCUACUUCACCUCUAUUUUUAAUGCUUUGCUUACGGGCUUUAUUCCUAUGAUGGGCCGAUUUGGUACCGCGACUAAUCCGGAUUUGAUUGUCGGUCUGCUAACAACUUUAGGAACCCUGUUGGCCAUGGGUUAUUUGAUCCCACUGUUAAAUAUAUUCAGACGCCCUAAAUUGGUUCUGCUCAUCCUUCCCACUGUGACAAUAAUUUUUGGUGCUCUCACGCUAACACUG